AUGCCCGUUCCUUUCGAAACCCUGCUGCCGUAUGGCAUCAUGAUUGUCAUGUUUGGCGCCACAGGCACCGGACUGGCUGCCUUCAAGACGUGGCAGAACGAGGGCAAGCGACCGCGCUAUUCAUUGGAUCAGUGGGACAGAGUUAUGAUGGACCGAGACCGCCGACUUACAGGAACAUUGAGAGGACAGACAGACAACCCCCAAGCACCUUUGGGAUUUGAAUUCAGCAACGGGUGGAAGCUGGAGAAGCGAUUUACUUAG